CUACUCUUACUACUUACUAGUUACUAUAUAUAGUAGUAUACUUCCAUAACUGCUGCAUUAUUAAUACUACCACAUUCAAUCAAGCACAACAUGGAAUCAUUAGUGUACUACUCCCUCCUCUCCCUACUUUUCAUCCUCACCCUCACAUUUAUCCUCCUCCAAAACCAAUCAAGACGCCUCAGAAACCUUCCUCCAGGACCACCCACCAUCCCGGUCAUCGGCAACCUCCACCACCUCAAGCCGCCAAUCCACCGCACCUUCACCGCCCUCUCCCACAAGUAUGGUGACAUCAUGUCCCUCUGGUUCGGCUCCCGCCUCGUCAUUGUCGUCUCCUCUCCUUCACUAGUUCAGGAAUGCUUCAACAAAAACGACCUCGUCCUUGCCAACCGCCCUCGCUUCCUCACCGGCAAGUACAUCUUCUACAACUACUCCACUGUCGGCUCCGUCUCCUAUGGCGAACACUGGCGCAACCUCCGCCGCAUCACCACCAUCGACGUCCUCUCCAACCACCGCCUCAACUCCUUCCUCGCGAUCCGCACGGACGAGGCCAAUAGGCUCGUGCAGAAGCUCAGCCAAGACAUCACCACCGCCGGCUCCGGUAGUGGUUUCGCGAAGGUAGAGCUGAGGUGUAGGCUGACGGAGAUGUCGUUCAACGCCGUGAUGAGGAUGAUUUCAGGGAAGAGGUACUACGGGGAUGACACUGACGCGACAGACGUGGAGGAAGCGAGGCAGUUCAGGGAGAUUGUGUCGGAGAUGCAUUCGCUGAUGGGGGCGAACAACAAGGGUGAUUUUUUGCCGCUGCUGCGUUUGUUCGAUUUCGAUGGGUUGGAGAAGAGGCUGAAGAGCAUUGCCAAGAGGGCUGAUGCGUUCUUGCAGGGGCUGAUUGAGGAGCACCGGAGUGGGAAGCAUCGCCGGGGCGGCGGGCAUGACUCCAUGAUUGAGCAUCUGUUGAAGCUGCAGGAGUCUCAACCGGAGUAUUAUUCCGAUCUCAUGAUCAAAGGUCUUAUUCAGUCAAUGCUUCUAGCUGGAACAGAUACAUCAGCUGUGACCAUAGAAUGGGUGAUGUCUGAAUUGUUGAACCAUCCACAAGUAUUGAAGAAAGCAAAGAAUGAAUUAGACACACAAAUUGGAAAAGACCAAUUGGUACAAGAGCAAGAUUUGUCAAAACUCCCAUACCUUCAAAACAUCAUAUCUGAGACAUUUAGAUUGCAUCCUCCUGCUCCAUUACUCUUACCACAUUACUCUUCAGAGGAUUGCACUGUUGGAGGAUACAAUAUUCCAAAAGACACCAUUGUGUUAACUAAUGCAUUUCUCAUUCAUAGAGAUCCUAAAUAUUGGAGUGAUGCCACAAAUUUUAAGCCUGAAAGAUUUGACAAAGAAGGGGAAAUAAACAAGUUGAUUGCAUUUGGGCUUGGAAGAAGGGCCUGUCCUGGGAUGAGCUUGGCCCAACGCACGGUGGGCCUCACUGCGGGAUUGUUGGUCCAGUGCUUUGAGUGGGAACGGGAAACUGAGGAGAAGCUUGAAAUGAGGGAGGACAAAGGAAUCACCAUGCCAAUGCUUGUUCCAUUUCAGGCCUUGUGUAAAGUACGAUGAUGGUGGCAAUGGGCCAAACAAACAUACACAGCCCAAAAUAAUGACAAAGAAACCAGCCAAGUUUAGCUGAAGAAUUAACAAAGAAGUAAAAAUAAUUAAUGGAGAUAUAUUAGUUAUUUCCUAUAUGGGUUGCACUACUAUUAUAGGCCCAUUAUGCUAUUUCUAUUUCCCUAAAGAACACACUACAGAGAGUAUUCACAUGCCUUAGCCCCUUUCCCUUUUGCCAGGUAUUAUGCUGCAUCAACAUAUAGUGUAAGGAAUGUACUAUUUAAAAGUAAUGAAAUUAAAACCAUUCCGCUACUGCUUAGGGUUUGGAGACCUAGGGGCUAGGGUUUGUCUAGCCCAGUUUUGAUGGGCUCAGUGCUUUAGGCCUGAUUCCUGAGUUGUACUUGCAAGAGUUCCUUUAAUCUCCCUUAGUUCUAACUUAGCUUAGAUGUUUUCUAAGGAGUCACAUGCUUAAGUGUUAAUGAACUUUGUAAGUCAGUUUGGGCUUAUGACCCAAUUUUCUUCAUUCAAUAUGUAUGCUGAUCUGUUGUAAGUGUCGUUGGGCAACCUCUUUGGGUAUUGAAUGAAUUAUGAA